AAAACAUUAAUUCAUUUCAAAUCAUUUUGAGAAUGGUCUUUCGAAUUGAAGUAAAUCUUGGUAAUGGAUUCCUUCUAUUUAAAACAAUGAAACGGAAAUUUAAUCAUAUACAAUCAGUGAAUAAAUUUAAUAUAAAUAAAAUAAAACAUAUAAAAUAUUGUCAAAAAUAUUGUACAUAUUGUAGUCCUGAACGAUAUACCAUAUUAAUACAUAAUGAACAUUUAAAUCAAAUUCAUUAUACAAUGUGUCCAUAUGAUGAAUUAUUAAUUAUGGCUAAAUCAAUUUGUACAAAUUUAAUGCAAGAUAAUAAUCAGAACGAUAAUAAUAAUAGUAUAACAAUCUUAGUCUUAUCGAUAACUUGCGGUAAACUUUCCAAUUUCACAAGAUACAAUCCUGUUCUUAUCAACCGAAACAUCAACACUAGUACCAACAACAACAAGAACAAUACUCCUCCUCCUACUAAUAUAAGUAGUACAAGUCAUACAAAAUCAUCAAGUCCCCUUAACACAACAAUCUCUAUAAAUAUUCAAACUAUUAGUAAGACAAUUCAACGAGCUAAACUGGAAAAAGUUGAUUAUAAGCAAUCCAGAACAAAAUCUAAAUGGGGAAUUAUUAAUUUAUCCGCGUGUAAUAAUAUACAUUCUGAUAUUUCAAUUGAUCUAAAUACUUCAGUGAAUAGUAUGAACGAUGGAAAAAAGAAUAUUUGUUACACUUAUGAUAACCAUUAUCAUUAUUAUUGUUGUUAUUAUUACUAUUACUAUUAUUGUUAUCAUUAUCACUAUUAUUCAUAUCAAAAAUCACCUUUGUUUACAACGUUAUGGUCUGAGCAUAUCUUGAAUAGUGGGAGUAAAGAUAUCCAGCUGGGUUCAAAAACACCCAAUAUUAAUUGUGACGCUUAUACUCAAAAAUUUAAUAUCACUCAAAACUCCAAUAAAAAGCACACUGGUAAUAUGGAGAAAAUAUUCAUAGAAAACGAAACAGAUAAUGAAGUAAUGCGAUAUAUGUCUAAGUUUGAUUUGAUCAAAAACUGUGCUCAAAUAAGAUCCGAAAACCACAAACCAAACAGAUUGAAAGAUCUACAGUUAUCAGUUAAUUUACGUCCGCCAGAACCUGUUGGUUGUCAACUACUGCAAAUGAAUUCAGCACCAGUUACGAAAGGAUUGUGAACACUGAAUACAUGAAGCUAUGGUGAAACCUAGUUUUAUAUAUACGAAAAAAAUACAAAGGAGUUAGACCAUAAAAGAAUUUCAUCGAUGGGAAGGAAAAAUAUUCUCCGACUUCUUGUCAGUAAAGAUGUAUAGUUCAAUUAUUAUGUAUUGUAUCAUAAGAAAAUCAGAUGCAAAAACUAAUUUAUCUUCAUUUUUGUUAAACUUCUUUUACACCGUUUCACUGACCGAAUGUCAAACAACCCUUUUAUAUCUGCAUUGUGUAUUUAUCGCCAAUUGGUC